GUAGAAGUCGUUGUCGUGUUCAACUGUCUGAGGAAUGUUGAGAGAGCAUCUAUUUUCAAAAGUCUGGAGAGAAGACUGGAUCUGAAGUCAAAGUUGAGGACGAGGGUGACUGCCCCGAGAAAGAUAUGAGAAAAAGGACGAGAUGGAGAUGGCUAUCGGUAGAUGAUGGCUAGAAGAUAGAAGCUGCGGACGGCAUAUUUUCCCAUCACGACGGCAUAUUUUCCCAUCACAAGAAAAUACAUUCUUUGAUGAAGAGGAACUUCAACUACAGAGCGUGGUCAGCAUUCAUUUGGUUGUAUAACUUCCCGUUCCCGCCCUAUGGCUGAAAAGCGAGAAUAACCACUGACCCUGUUAACAUGUCUUCUUUUCUUCUACCGCGUUGUAUUAUUACUGCUUCAUGAUCAUAACUACAUUCGAUCAUGUUCUACAACUACAAGAACAUCCACUUAAGUACCUGCUGUUGAUGUUAAUCCACGUUCAGCCAAAGCUUAGCAUUAUAGCUUAUCUGUAAUUGGCCAUCAUCAAGCUCAUGAUCAACAUGAUGACGGCCGCCGUGGACAAUUCUUGGCGUUUACAAUCGGAUUCCGUUCCGUGUGUGCAGUGCAAUAUUAAGGCAAGGGAUUUAUUCACGUAGGUGCCUUAUAGUAUACUAUAACACGAAUGACCUUAUUAUAGUUUGUUAUUAAGCUACACUUAUAGGCGGGCAGGGACGAUGGCAUUGGCAAUCGAGGAUUAAUACAGCUUUGGAAUUUUUACAGGCAUAAUAAUGUGUCGUAAGUCGUUCUAAUACUCACGUGGCCCCAGCAAUUGUGGUGGAGAAGGGUGGAGGAGAAGAAGAAGGAGCUCCAGAAGUGGACCGAGGAGGAGAAGAAGCAGGAGCUCCAGAAGAAGAAGGGCUUCCUCCGGAAGUAUUAUUUUUGCAAUUUCUCAACAGAGGGUACAAAUACGACGAUGGGUCUCGGUUUGUGCAACUCAAUGUUAAGGCGGGGGGGCAUGAUGAUAGAUUACUCGGGGUUAGUUACAACUCAAAUAACUCAUACUCAAAUUGUUCCAUGAUCACCAUCUCAAAGGCUUACAACAAUCACAACUACUUUAGAUAGAAGGAGAAUCUUACUUAGGUUGUACCUUGCAGCAUACUAGUACUACUACGUACUGGAAGUAAGUAGAUUCAAUUCAUGAUCUUUACGAUGUUCAAAACUGUACUAUCCUGUAUAGCCGAUGAUUUGGUUCUAUUUCUAAGACUAGCUGUCAGAAGCACUGUGACCGGCGUCAAGUGCGGGUGCCUCAUUUGGGAGAAUGGGGGAGAAGGCAUUUGAUCGGGAAGCAUUUGACCCGACGCUUCGGUGCAAAACGAUGGCGUAGUAUUCGAAGUUCUUGGAGGAGUCCGACGAUCUUUUUCAAAGACGGUGAUGGACGUGGUGCGGGAGGGGAGGUUGACGAAGAACAACAAGAUGGAGUGGACGGUAAUGUUGUAGCAUUUGAAAAAGAACAAAAAAUUAAUAGACAGGAGGGGAAGAAACGUACUAAAGAUCAUCAUGAGGAGAAACGGCAUCCGAAGACCGAGCAUGUUGAUGACUCCGAUCUAAGCAGGUGGCGUAGUCUCGCUCUCGUCAAUGAUCAAGGCAACAAGAAUAACUAUCCUUUCAACAGUACUAGUCGUGUAAUUCUUCAUCCACCUGGAGGUUCAACUUUGAUCAUGAACACCAAGAGAAAAAUUGGCUACAACAAGAAUGGUUCCUUCUCGACAAUGACACCGGCAAGUAGUCGCGAACACAGCAGUCGCGAAAGCAUUUGCUCAACCAGUGAAACGACUCCCGUGAAAGUGAAGUCACGACACCCAUCUGCAGACAAGCAUGCUGAAGAUGCCCAGUCUUCGCUGCUGGCGGAAAAAUUCUACGGUUUGUAUGCGAAGUAUUGGUAUGCUCGAAACGGGGAGCUGCAUUCUAGGGAAGACUUCGUGCAGAAAUUUUGCGAGAACGGAAUUCUUGGGACGUUGAGUGCUCCGGACACAAACAUGAUGAACAAAAAGAAUUAUAGCCAACAAGCGCGUGAUGGAUGUGGAAGCAAGGUAGACGGCGAGCAGGGAUCUUUCUGUUCUUUCGUCGGUAGAGUCUUUCUGGAGAUACGACAAGACGCGGACGUGGCACUAGAAGAGGGAAGGGGACAUCAAGGAGGAUCAGUAGAUGAAGAAAGGAAACAUCACAGUCAUCAAUCUGGACACCAACAAGGAGGAGAUGACAGCAAUCAAAGGGAUCUUCCUCACGACCACAGGCAAGAACAAAGUGGAGGACAGCUUCUGAGUGUAGUUGUCUGUGAUUUCUUAGGUGCACGCGACGUGCAUGUAGCCUAUUUCUGGUACGACCCUGCCCUGUUUGCACCCUCAGGCAAAUACAAGACUGGAGGGGCUCUGGAUACGACGAUGUCGUCACAAAAAAAAAUAGGAGUCGAAGCAAAUACUAACUUUCCUAUUCCCAUCGUUGCUGAAAGUCUUGGCAGUGGUGUCAACGGUAUGGGAAUGCCUUCGUUUCCACGGCAAAUCAGUAGCGCUUCCAGUUGUGAGGAUAGAGGGCCGCCUGAUGUCGAAGAUCCUGCUGCAGCUCCUGAAGGCCAAGACGCUACUACUGAAAGGACAUCUCCAACAAGUAGAAGCCGUGUGCAAGAUAAAAUAGGAGUGAGCGCGUCUGCAGGUGGAACUGAUGGAAUAGCUGCACACUCAGAAAUUAGUGCAGCACCUUCCAGCACGUCAACAAAUUCAGCCACCACCUCCAUCAACUCUUCCUCCUUAGACGUUCGGUCUAUAACUGAUAUUGUCUACUACAAGACGUUUGAAGCUUGUCUUGGGCUCGGAAUUGAUACCGUCUACAUGGGACCCGUUGACACAAUGAAUGCCCGAUUCAGUCACUCCUAUAAGUUUACACGUCUACAGCACACUGGGGAAAUUUUGUGUCCUAUCAAAGGUAGUACCGGAGGAGAUGCUUCUACUCCUGGUGAUGUUUCUGCAUCACAACCUAGAAAGAGUCCAGAGUAUAUUGAUACCAAACAGAGUAACGACAUAGCAGAUACUAAGGACGUGGAAGGUCGAGGCCUACAUAGUAAGAAAGGUGGGUCUACAACUACCGCGGCUUCGAGUAGAAAUGAACCUAUCUCGUUUCUUGAACAUGCACAGCAAAAAUGGAAGUGGCUUCCUAUAACAACAUGUACAGAAAAAGACCCCGAAACAGGUCGAGUUAUUUGGAAAUGCUAA